AUGAUUGUUACGAUAUUCGUUAAUAACAUUCCAGAUUCCACGGGUCCUAAAGGAUUGUUCAAUCUAUUUCAGAAGUUUGGCUUAGUGAAAGAUGUGUUUAUUCCAGGGAAGAGAAGGAAAACAUCAAGAUCUAGAUUUGGGUCUAUAAGAAAUGAUUGCAAGGUGGCUGCUGGGAUAACGAUACAGAAGGCAAAUGGGUUGUGGUGCGAUAAUAAGGAGUUGAGGGUCAAAAGAGCAGAGUUUGAAAAACCUCAAAGAGUUGGUCAAUCGGAGCAAAUGGGGCAGAACAGAGGUGAAGAUGGAAGAAGGAUGGGUUAG